AUGUCAUUAGCUGGCAAAGCCCUCAAAAGCACUUUGCGCUUUCGGGCGGAAAAGGGUCUCAUCAAUUCUGCCCCGAAAAGAACCAUCGGAUCAUCCCCACCACUAUACUACGCUGCGUUCCACAACAUACCGCAAUUGAGCAAUGCGCAGUCAGUCAGUCCUGAUCCUACGAAGGACCAUGCCUUCGACACACGCCCGCAUAUGAAACACAAUUAUGGCCGCAGCCAAUUCGCCGACUUCAACCUGAAGAGGGGAGCUUUCAUUGUAACCGGAGGGGCUCAAGGCCUAGGCUUGAGCCUAGCAGAGGCUCUUUGCGAAGCAGGGGGCAGGGUGUACUGCCUUGACCGGCAAGAGAAGCCUCACGAAGAUUAUGCAGAGGCACUGGCCCGUGUGGUCCCAGAGUGGGGAGGUUCCCUUCAGUACAGGCAAGCAGAUGUGGUCGAUACCAAGGCACUAGACGAGAUCAUCUCUGGGAUCGCCGAUGAGAACCAAGGACUUCACGGGCUCAUCGCCGCAGCUGGCAUCCAGCAGAUAACGCCAUCCACGGAGUACACCGCAGAAGACGUCGAGAAGAUGCUUGCGGUGAACUACACCGGCGUAUUCAUGAGCGCUACUUCAGUGGCACGCCAGAUGAUCAGGUACAAGUCUCGCGGCAGCAUCUGUAUGAUCGCCAGCAUGUCUGGACUUAUCGCGAAUCACGGCUUACUCUCACCCGUCUACAACUCCUCCAAGGCCGCCCUGAUUCAACUGGCACGCAACCUAGCCAUGGAGUGGAGUCCCAUCACCAAAGAGGGCACUGGUGGCAUUCGUGUCAAUUGCAUCAGUCCGGGGCACAUCCUGACGCCGAUGGUGCGGAAGAAUUUCGAAGAAGUUCCAGGUCUGAAAGAAGAGUGGGAAAGCUUGAACAUGUUUGGUCGCCUAGCGGAUACGACGGAAUUCAAGGGCGCGGCACUCUUUCUCAUGAGCAACGCAAGCUCUUUCAUGACGGGAAGCAACAUGAUCAUUGAUGGAGGACACACCGCUUGGUAG